CCCCGUCCAUACAAGUGCCACCUCUGCCCCAAGGCCUUCCACCGUCUCGAGCACCAGACCCGCCAUGUCCGCACCCACACUGGCGAACGACCCCACCAAUGCUCCUUCCCCACCUGUCUGAAGCGCUUCUCCCGCUCAGACGAGCUGACCAGACACAUGCGC